UUGUGAAAAAAACACAGCAAAAACAAACGGGUGAAGAGCAGCGCAAUGAAGCCACACCGAAACGGUCAACACACCCAGAAUAAACCUUUACAUGUUCCACCAAGCGUGAUGUUAUGGUCCGAAUAAUCAACUACAUGGUGAACUAAUGUCAGUUGGAUAAUUGUUGGCCUUUACACCAUGAAUUUAAGAGGACUUUUCCAGGACUUCAACCCCAGUAAGUUCCUGAUCUACUCGUGCCUGCUGUUGUUCUCUGUGCUGCUGUCUCUGAGGCUGGAUGGAGUCAUACAGUGGAGCUACUGGGCCGUCUUCACUCCAAUAUGGCUGUGGAAGCUGCUGGUUAUCAUCGGGGCUUCUGUGGGCACUGGGGUCUGGGCGCACAACCCUCAGUACAGGGCUGAAGGGGAGACCUGUGUGGAGUUCAAGGCUAUGCUGAUUGCCGUCGGCCUCCACGUCCUGCUGCUCAUGUUCGAGGUUUUGGUGUGUGACCGAGUAGCGAGGGGAAACUACUUCUGGCUCCUGGUGUUCAUGCCGCUCUUCUUCGUGUCGCCUGUGUCUGUGGCGGCCUGCGUGUGGGGUUUCAGACAUGACCGCUCUCUAGAGCUGGAGGUUCUGUGCUCAGUCAACAUCCUCCAGUUCAUCUUCAUCGCUCUGAGGCUCGACAGGAUCAUCAACUGGCCUUGGCUGGUGGUGUGUGUCCCGUUGUGGAUCCUGAUGUCUUUCCUGUGCCUUGUCGUGUUGUACUACAUCAUCUGGUCCGUCCUCUUUCUGCGCUCCAUUGACAUCAUCGCAGAGCAGCGGCGGACUCACAUCACCAUGGCAAUCAGCUGGAUGACCAUAGUCGUCCCUCUUCUCACAUUUGAGAUCCUGCUGGUGCACAAACUGGACGGACACAACAGUCUGAGUUAUGUUUGUGUGUUCGUCCCCCUCUGGCUCUCUCUGCUCACGCUCAUGGCCACCACCUUUGGCCAGAAAGGAGGCAACCACUGGUGGUUCGGCAUCCGUAAAGACUUCUGCCACUUCCUGCUGGAGCUCCUCCCCUUCCUGCGCGAAUACGGAAACGUGUCGUACGACCUCCAGCGCAGCGAGGACCCCGAGGCGGCCGAGGACCUGCCCGUGCCCGAACCGCCGCCUAAAAUCGCCCCCAUGUUCCACAAGAAAACCGGAGUGGUGAUCACGCAGAGCCCAGGGAAGUACUUUGUCCCCCCGCCCAAACUGUGCAUCGACAUGCCAGACUAAGGACGAGGCCUGGGGGGGUGGGGGGCGUGUUCUGAACGAUCAGCGAUCCGAGCAGCAGAGGACUGUGUCUGGGUUGGAUCCACUGUCUGGAAGGACUGGUCCCUUCUCCUAAACUGCUGGACACAGACUGGACUAACGGAACCAAAACGGGCCGCUCUGACCUUUAGCUGACGUCUCACUGUUUUUGCUUUUCUUCCAACUUUUCAAAUAUGGACAUUUUGAGGACACUGCCCACAGAAGGUGUAAGAUCCACUUGAAUGGUUCGGUUUGUUGUAGAAGAAUGGGAUCUGGACAGACAGAUCUGGUACCGAACAGCAGAUCCACGCUGGACCUGGUACCGAACAGCAGAUCCACGCUGGACCUGGUACCGAACUGCAGAUCCACGCUGGACCUGGUACCGAACUGCAGAUCCACGCUGGACCUGGUACCGAACUGCAGAUCCACGCUGGACCUGGUACCGAACAGCAGAUCCACGCUGGACCUGGUACCGAACAGCAGAUCCAUGCUGGGGGUUCAAAGAGUUUCUGAACAAAGACUGUUCUGAAGCCCGGCUCGGACCUGGGACCACUAGAGGGACUCUGCUGAACCUGGGAUCAGCGGAGCCCCUCCUGUUCUCACUUCAGAACAAACGAAGGAGAAUCACAAGACAACGGCACUUUGUUAUCCUGUUCCAAUAGAAGCCCUCUCCUUUUGUUUUUGUAUAUUUUUUGUUUUUGUAAAUAACCAGUCAUCAGCUUAGGGACCAGAGUGGAAAUGCAAUGGCUGAAGUUUAUUAAAGCAGGAAACAAUCAUGACUCACUGUGUUAAAUC